AUGUUUCAAGGACUGGUGCCUGGAGGGAAGAGCACUCGGCAUGGCCCUUGCAAUGCAUGUCUGUUGCACCACAAGCUUUGGACACGUUGGGUGGUCUGCCUGGUGGUGAUAUCCAACCAGGCACAUGGCUUGGACUUCAAUACAAUGCUGGUCCCAGCAAAAGAGCUUCCGCUACGAACGAAAGGUCGUUUUGUUGUGGGACAAUCAGGGGAGCGGGUGAUGCUAGCCUGUGUCAACUGGUAUGGUGCGUCGCAAAGACAGAUGGUGAACAAUGGCUUGGAUGACCAGCCGGCAUCCGUUCUGGCUGCUAGGAUCGCAUCUUUCGGAUUCAAUUGCGUUCGGCUGCCUUUCAGCUUGGAGAUGGUCCUGAAAAACGUGUCGGUCCCGCAUCUUCAGGAGGUGCUGGCUGCUAAUCCUGACUGGGUUGGACUUUCGCCUAUGCAGGUGUUUGACAAAACAGUGACAGCACUCACGGACGUUGGCCUGUUGGUGGUCUUGAACAAUCAUGUAUCUUCAGCUGGGUGGUGCUGCAGUGGAACUGACGGAGAAGGCCUUUGGUACACAGACAGGUACUCCGAAGAAGCAUGGCUGUCGGGGAUCGGGCUGGUCGCGCGCAGAUAUCGAGACAACCCUCGAGUUGCUGGCUUCGAUUUGAGGAACGAGGUCCGUGCCAACGGGAUUACCCUCCCUACGUGGGGCACGGGUGACCGUCAGACUGAUUGGUCUAUCGCUGCAGUCAAGGGCGCUAAGCAGGUGCUUAGCCAGAGCCCGGAACUGCUCAUCGUCAUCUCAGGCAUCCACUUUGGCAUGCGCUUGUCAGAGGUGCCGAAUCGGCCAAUCCAUGAAGAGGUUCCUGCCCUGUGGAAUCGAACUGUGUACACGACGCAUUUCUACUACGGCUGGUCGUUCGACCUGAUGGCUUACGACAUGUUGGGAAGGAACAUACCCACCCUGAUGUUCUUUGCGUGUUGGCUGUGGUUCUUGCUUGUGGCAGACUCGCAGACCUCCACAGCAAGACCACAGGUGGCCCGAAAGGACUCUGAGGUCUUGCCAUUUUGCAAGCUGUGGGAGCUCUUCGCUGCGACUGUUGUUCUGACCUUGCAGGCUGUGCUCUUUUCGAUAGGAGAGCACCUUGGUCAGACCUGCGGCCAUGUACACAUUGUGUCUCCGCCAGCGUUUGUGGUGGCCACCAGCGUUGGCUUUCACAUUGGCUAUAUCCUGUGGUCAAGGAUCUUGCUAGCCUACACAUUGGUUCUCUUCACCGGACUCAGUGCUCAGCAGGAGACAGGAAGUGGCCGUGAACGUUCGGAUGGUGAAGCUGCAGAGGAGCCCCUGCAGCUGCAUGGAGAGGCAGGCGAUUCAGUGCAACUUUCAGCGAGGUUCAAUGCUUUGGUGCUCACAGUGGGCCGAUGCUUCGCAUCAAGCUGCCUGGUGAAGCCACUUCGUGACAGGAAAAUCUUGUCUGCUUCAGCAGCUGCCGCCUUCCUGGUCUUGAUAUUCGUGACUGGUGGCAAGUGCGGAUCCUAUGCAAACUUUGAAGGUGAGCUGGAUGCUUGUCUAGGCCCACUCCUGACUGGAGAUGGUGUCACUCCAGCCCCAGUCUGGCUCAGCGAGUUUGGAACCGAUGUCAGCGACAACUACUGGAUCUACAUCAUACAGUACAUGAGGGAGCAGCAACUGGAUUUUGCUUAUUGGAGCAUCAACGGUGACAAAAGAGGCAACCAAAGCGAGACAUACGGACAACAACUUCGAAGUGAGACACCCAUGGAAGUUGCGAGACCUCCAGCGACUCUUUCCGAACAGAUGCCGGUGCUGGCAGGCUUGACAGGGUGGCUGGCUUUGAUGUAUUCCAUCCAGCAUUCCGUGCUGACAGUACCCUUUCUCACUGGAACUCAGUACGAGUACUUCCCAAUUGUUGCCACCUUUGUGGCGGGCUACACGGUUAUUGUCUUGGAGGAGCAAACUGAGAUCAACAAGGCCGCGACAGCGCUCAUCCUAGGCGUAUUGGUGUGGGCGCUUGUAGGGACGGGGGUUGAUAUGACAACCUCUGCCUUCGAUGCCGCAAUCAAGGAGACACUGGAGGAUGUCUCCGAGGUUGUCUUUUUCCUCCUCGGUGCAUUGACCAUCGUGGAGAUCAUGGACGCUCACAAAGGCUUCGACAUCAUCACAAAGCUGAUCCAAGCAAAGACACAGCGCGAGCUGCUGGUCAUCGUGUCCGUGCUGACCUUCGUGCUGUCGUCGGUGCUCAACAACUUGACCGUGGUCAUUGUCAUGGUGUCUCUGCUUCAGAAGCUUGUGAAGGACGAGCAGUUUCGCAUGAGGCUUGGUGGCAUUGUCGUGGUGGCAUCCAAUGCUGGUGGAGCCUGGACGCCUAUUGGUGACAUCACCACAACAAUGCUCUACAUUGGCGGUCAGGUAACCACUGUGCCCUUGCUGGCGAACCUUUUCGUUCCGAGCGUUCUGUGCUUGAUUGGCACAGUGGGCUACGAGUUGACGCAAAUGGAGGACGCGCCCUUCGAACGAUCCUCAUCGGGCAAUGAGGAUGAAGAGCCACCUAAUGGUCAGGCUGUGGUUUUCUGGGGUGGGCUGAUCGGCAUGAUCACAGUUCCGGCGUUCACUGCUUUUACCCAGUGCCCUCCGUGGAGCGGGAUGAUGCUGGUUUUGGGCUUGCUUGGCUUGAUCACAUCGUUGUUGCAUGAGCCGGAUGAUAAUCGCUACUCGCUCAAGGGUGCCCUGACCCGUGUGGAGGUGCCCGACGCACUGUUCUUUCUGGGCGUUCUUUUCGCUGUUGGUGGUCUUGAACGAGUGGGCCUUCUGAAGGAGUUUGCCAUCCAACUGAGUAACUUGGUGCCCUCUGACGCCCUGGUGGCGAUCUUCCUGGGAUUUGCUUCUGCUGUGGUGGACAAUGUGCCACUUGUGGCAGCUGCGCAGGGCAUGUACGACAUAUCGGUUCAUCCUGCCAACGACGGCCUGUGGAACCUGAUCACGUACUGUGCUGCAACAGGUGGCUCUCUCCUGGUCAUAGGUUCUGCGGCAGGCGUCGCAUUCAUGGGAAUGGAGAGGAAUGUCUCAUUUGGAUGGUACUUCAAGAGCGUAGCCCCUGCCGCGCUGGUGGGCUACUUCCUGGGUGUUGCUGGUGUGCUGGGCCAGCAGGCGCUGGGACUGAGCGUGGCAUAA